AUGUGCAAAGAAACCGAAGUCAUCUGUCUUUCUUGCUCUUCAACCAUUACGAUAAUCGAUACCUGUUCUGUUUACAAGGUGAAAUCAGCAGCUGAGAACGGCAUCUCACAUCGAAAUUGCCAAAGGUUCAAGCCCAAUGUUCAAAAUCCAGAAUAUGUGCAGAAGACGGAUAAAGAGUUUCACAUGUGCGACGAUCGACGAGCGGGAUCUGCGUUUCCAUUUUCCUUCUUGGGAAUGAGAUCAGAAGACAAGUAG